GUAACCCUGGCAAAGGCGUGUUAUCAUUCCAGUUUAAACUGAAGAAAUUCAGAAAGUUUAAGUUUAAAAUUUGCUCUCCAUCGCAGAGCUGGUUCAGCUGUCUGGAUACCUCUCCAGAUACCUAAAACCUGAUCACGUUUUCUGGAUACCUCUCCAGAUACCUAAAACCUGAUCACGUUUUCUGGAUACCUCUCCAGAUACCUAAAACCUGAUCACGUUUUUCCUUGACGGGACUGUUUUCCUGAGAGCUAACCAUGCAGCGCAGAUCAAGAGGGAUUCAUAGCGGGCUGCUUCUGCUCCUCUCUCAAGUCAUCCAUGUUGGGAUCAACAACAUUCCACCUGUCACUCUGGCAACUUUGGCUCUCAACAGCUGGCUCUUCUUGAAUCCCCUGAAGCCGCUGCACAACUCCUGCCUCAGCGUGGAGAAGUGUUACGAGCACAGGGACUGGCAGCGCUUGCUGCUGUCUCCCCUCCACCAUGCCGACGACUGGCAUUUGUAUUUCAACAUGGUGUCCAUGCUCUGGAAAGGAAUCAAUCUGGAAAGAAGACUGGGAAGUCGAUGGUUUGCCUGUGUCAUCGCCACAUUUUCCCUGCUCACUGGGCUGGUGUACCUGCUCUUGCAGUUUGCUCUUGCUGAGUUUAUGCGUGAACCUGAGCUCAGAAGGAGCUGUGCGGUUGGUUUCUCAGGAGUUUUGUUUGCUUUGAAAGUUCUUAACAACCAUUAUUUCCCUGGAGGCUUUGUCAACGUUUUGGGCUUUCCUGUACCCAACAGAUUUGCGUGUUGGGCCGAACUUGUGGCCAUUCACUUAUUUUCCCCAGGGACUUCCUUCGCCGGGCAUCUGGCCGGGAUUCUUGUGGGACUAAUGUACACUCAAGGGCCUCUGAAGAAGAUCAUGGAAGCAUGUGCAGGCAUUUUUUCCUCUGGCAUUGGCUACUCAGGACAGCAAUACUACUUUAAUAGUUCAGGCCAUUCUGGAUAUCAGAAUCACUAUCCAUAUGGUGGGCCCGGUCACUCUGAAGAAGUGCCCAGGAACUAUGAUGUGUACACAGCAGGACUGAGUGAAGAGGAACAGCUGGAGAGGGCACUAAGAGCCAGCCUGCAGGACCGAGGAAAUAGUAGAAGUAGCCCGCCGCCCUAUGGGUUCCGUCUCUCGCCAGAGGAAGAAAUGAGGAGACAGCGGCUUCACAGAUUCGACGGCCAAUGAGGUGGCAAAGCGUCUUGGGAAGACGUGGUCCAGUCGUGUAAUUACUGCCCAUUUGGUUCACUCCCCAAGCCCCUUAUUCAUUUUAAGCAAAAGCAGAGUACACAGUCAUUGCUCCAGAUAGCUCCCAUCUGCCUCGGACACCUUGCGUCCCCGUGAGUCUAGAUUCUCAAGCAGAUGACCCGCUGUGCAGCUGGACCUGCUGAAUGCGGCACGCAGCUCCCUGGGAGUGGUCCUUCUCCUGGCCUCAUUCUCUGCCACGCACAGGUCACUUCCUCAGUGUAGGGACCAGUGUCCACACUCCUUUCUCUCACUGCUGACUCUGCUCUGCCUUACUUUCGAAGAUUGUGACCUUCACCAGGAGGCUUCAUUUCACCCGUGGGGAAGCUCAGCCCCACUUUCUGCCCAGAGUGCCUGGUGUUUGACUUGGCAGGAGGUGAGGAGCCAUCCCCUCACCCUCCUGGAAUGAUGCCAUGGUGGCUGUCCAGGAACAGGAUGUGGCUACCUGGCAGGAUUUUGUCCUGUUCGUCCUCACUGGGGCACCUCAGCUCCUCGGGCCUGAGGAGGAGCGUCUGGGGGCGUUAAGAGCACACACUUUGCUCUUGGAUCGUCCAGCUUGGUAGAUGUUUGAACAGCGUAAGGAAGGUGCAGAAAAUGCCUGCACAUGUUGGUAGAUACCAGGUGGCGCCAGCAGGCUACCUUCAUAGCCACCCCUCCAGUGGCAGUAUGUGUACCCGGGAGAUCUAUCGAAUCAGCAAAGUAGCAACAGGUGCCACAUGCACAGAAUGGAGCAAAGGCAUUCAGUGGCUUGCUCACUCUAAAUUUUUCUUACAGGAGGUAUUUUUCUUUUUCCUCAUAAACGUGCCUCUUAAUUGGCCACUAUAACAGCCACCUUUUCUGGCCAAGUGUUCCAAACAUGCCCUGGGCCCUGCAGUGUUCUAAUCUGCACAUUGUAUGUCCAAGUAAUUUAAGGAGUUUCCUGGUGCUUGUGUCUCAUGAAUAAAAGGACAAAGUCAAAACAUCACUGAUAUCUUAUUGUCACAAAAGUAUUUAUUUUUAAA